AUGAGCCACACCGAUACAUCGGGUACAGUGACACCGUUGCCGGAAGUACUGCGCCGUGGACUCGUGGCUCUUACAUUCUUCGGACUCCUGUCGCUGACGCUGGCGACCGCUCUCUUUGUUCAUCUGGUAUAUCGACUAGUCACUUGGAGACCUGGAACUUUGGCACGAAUCAAUCAGUAUGUGGCGCUCCUGCUCAACCUGGUACUGGCGGAUAUGCAGCAGGCGGCUGGGUUCUCCAUGAGCGCUCACUGGCUGAUGAAGGACGGUAUCAUCGCUCACACCGAUGCGUGCUGGGCUCAGGGCUUCGUAUUGAACGCAGGUGACGUCGCUGCAGCUGUCUUCACCUUCGCCAUGGCCGGACACGUCUUUGCGGAUAUUGUGUGCGACUACCGACUCGGGCACAAAGCGUUCCUGCUCACCAUCCUCUCGCUCUGGGUAUCGGUCUACGUCUGCUCCUCCAUUGGCAUCAUCAUGUUUCCGAAGGACUUUUACGCCGGAGCUGGAGCAUGGUGCUGGAUAAAUGCAAAGUACAUGGAUGAAAGACUGUACAUGCACUACCUCUGGCUUUUGAUGACGGAAUUCGGAGCCGUGGUCAUAUAUUCGUUAAUGUUCCUCGUUUUGUGGAAGCGGGUUCGAUCAUUCUUCUAUGCAGACUCGGAUCCCGACGGUGGCAUGCAGCUACGAGCAGAAUCUGCGGCGCGGAGUGUGAUUGUGUACCCGCUCAUAUACGUGAUCUGUACCCUACCGGCGGUCGUGGUUCGGCUCAAGAUCAUGACAGGAAGUACAUUUGGCUGGCCGACCAUGACCGCGAUUGGAGUCUUCCUGUCGUCCAUCGGCACGUUCGACGUUGUACUGUACACCAUCACCCGACGGUCACUAAUUUUCGGACCCACAAUACCGGACCAGAAUACCCACGGUCUACAGACCUUCACAACGUGGGGCAACUUCCGAACGGACCACUUCUACGGCACAACGACCACGGUCGAGGUAAACAGGGCCAGGAAUGACAGCACAGCCCCAUUUAUGCAGCGCGGCGAUGAAGAUAGUGGCGAUGGGUUCGAGAGCCAGGCUAUUGACAAAAGCGACAAGAUUAUCAUGACGGCGACCGUUGAACAGACCUCGAACUUAGCGACCGAGGAAGAAAUCGAAGCGAUCAAGAAAUGGGAAAGAGAGAGAUACCCCGAACAGUACCCAGGCGACGACGAUCCAUCACAUAUGGAGCUCACGUUCCUGUCGGACAAUGUAGAGAUCGAGACUAGUAUGGAGAAUGAUGGACUACAGCUACACCGGACUCUCAGGCCAGUAUUGGCGAUACCCCCAGUUGCCGUGACCCGCAGCGCUCCCUGA